GACAGCACCCGAUCUCGCUGAAGGUCAACCACCGUUUAGAUCCAGUCUAUAAGAUCAUAUCCGCUGUUUUUAUUGACAAAGUCCGCGAUAUAUGUACUAAUCCUGUCGCCAAACUGGCUACACCAGUCAGACUGCUACGGAGCAGGGUUGUCACCACUGGUGCUGAUGUGGCAUCUGACACCGUGGCAGUUGGUGAUCGGUGGUGUUGGGAGCUGGAGCACCACACGGGAGGCAGGUGAGAGCACGUGGAGCAACGCACCGCACGUGGAGCACCGCACGGGAGGCAGAAUAUCACGUCAUCUUCCAAGUGGUAGCUUGAGCAUCCUGGAUUAAUUGGUGUUUCUCUUCAGUCUUCACCUUUGCUCUCCGAACGCUUCUGGACGCUUUUGAUCAAGCCAUGCUGCGUAUGAACGCAUCGUUUAUGCUUGUGACGCUUGCAGUUUUGAAAGCGCUGGCUGUCGCUCAAGGCAGCAAUCCUUCCGUCAUGAUCGUGCUGCUGGUGCGCAACAAGGAGACCUACCUGCCGUACACGCUCUCACAGCUCAGCCGGCUUGACUACCCCAAGGAGCGGCUGGCGCUAUGGAUCGCCAGCGACCACAACCAGGACCGAUCGGCCGAGAUUCUGCACACCUGGCUGGAGCGGUACAGUCUGCCUUAUCUGUCCGUGGAGGCGUUCGUCAACGCCAGCUCGCCGUCGCUGCGGCCGGACGAACGCAGCGCCGUGCGCUUGUCUCCUGGCCGGCUCCGCGCCGUGGGUGAUAUGAAACAGGAGGCCCUGAAGAGGGCGAGAACACUCGGCAUAGACAUGGUCUGGUUCCUGGACGCUGAUGUCGUUCUACACGACCGCUCCGUCCUCCGCCGUCUGCAGAGUGUGCGGAAGCCGGUGGUGGCGCCGAUGUUACGCUCCGCCGGAGGGUACUCCAACUUCCAACCCAGCAUCGGCAGGACCUCGCCUCAGGAGGAGGAUGCUUUCCCACGAAUCUACUCUGGUCGAGUACGUGGCUGUUUCGCGGUGCCUCUGGUCCGUUCAUGUGUGCUGAUGGACCUGCGUGACCCCCGCACGGCGAGUCUUACGUUCGUCUCGCAGAGCUGUGAACUCCAGCGGGAAGUGGAGACGCUAGACGACGCCGUCGCUCUGGCGAUAUCGUCGCGAAACUCUGGUUUGAAAAUGACCGUCUGCAACGGGGAGGAUUUCGGUCUGACGCCAGUACCGCUGUCGCCGACCCAGGAGCUGAAGGACGAGUGGCAGAACCUGCUCGCCAUGAAGCUGGAGACGCUGAUAGACCAUCCUCCGAUGUCAGUGGUGCCUCUGAUGCGUCUCUUCCUGCCGCCACCGCCCACCAAAAGUCGUCUCGGCUUUGACCGGAUCUACGUGAUCGGCCUCGGGCGUCGCCCGGAGCGGUGGCGCCGGCUGAAGGCCUGCUUCGACGAGAUCGGCAUCGAGGCAGUGAGAAUGCUCGCCGUCGAUGGCCGAAAACUCACCGACGAGUUUCUAGAGGAGCGCGACAUUCACCCUCGAGGAGAAGGAAGAAAGAGAUUUAUCAACAAAGGUGAAGUGGGCUGCUCGUUGAGCCACUACUACAUAUGGCGUGACGUUAUCAAACACAAUCUGAGCCGCGUCAUUAUUCUAGAAGACGACAGCCACCCUUCCGCUGAUUUCCCGGCGCGCCUGCGGCAACUCGUUGACGAAGUCGACCGUCUGCGUCCCGAGUGGCAUUUUCUCUACCUGUUCCGCGAGGCCGCAUUUCCGGACGACUUUGAGCCGGUGGAAGGCUCCGAACACCUGGUCCGACCCGGUUUCAGUUACACCACACUAGCGUAUGCUCUGACACGCUCUGGCGCCGAGACGCUAUUGAGAGACGACCCGCUUAAAAACCUCCUCUGCGUGGAUCACUACAUACCGCUGAUGUCAGGUGAAGUCCUCUUCUCGGAGUGGAUGGAGGUGUACCCGAGUGCCGGCACGUUGAGAGUGUACUCUGGUAGAGAGAAUAUUAUUGAACCGGUGAAACGUAUUGGGGAACAUGGUUUUGUGAGCGACUGUACGGAGGUUGAUGAUUUAUUUGGCGAAGUCAGCUAUGGGAAUGAAGUUGAGGAGUGUAACAUGGAGACUUUGACGUAACUACGGUUGUGGCAAGCUGGUUUGUGUUGUGGAAAGCAGGUGCUAAAGUAUUUAUCCUGGCUUCUUGAUGAUGUUGUGGUCGUGAUCUUGAUUAUGAUUCGUGACGCUGUAUCGUAACGAUUCGGUUAAGAAAGUGUCAAAAAUGAUGGG